AUGCUCGGCUUCCUCCUUGGUCCCAGCGUUAUCUUAAGGUACGUGUCAGGUGGUCCUCUCAAUCAGAGACGAUCUCUUCGGCGGCGCACACUUCAACUUCUGUGUUGGUUCGCCUCAUGGAAGGUAUGGCUUGAAAAACGCCUUGCCGCCUAUGGCGCGUACUUCUGGUACUGGGAGCUCCAUAGCUUCGAGCCUCCUGAGCGCCGCAGCGCUCGAAGGAGGCAUUUGAUGGAGCAAGCCAUGGUGGAGCAGGCAGAAGAGGAAGAGCGUGCUCGGCAACAGGCAGCUGAACCCCAGCAAGUGCGGAAGUUGCAAAAACCUGAGCAGGAUUCUCGAAACGUGGAGCCCCAGCACCCGAAGCCGGAGAACCCGGAGAACCUGCAGAACCCCGGGAACCCGGAGUCCGAGGAAUCGAAGCUCGAAGUCAGCGAAGUCAAGGAGGAGCCCAAAGAAGAGGCCCAAAACGAGGCCGAGCUGACUCCCUUGCAGCAGGAGCACCUCAAGAACCUGGAGAAGCUUCUGGCGGAGAUGCAGGCCUUGCAGGGCAUGACUCCAACUCCAGCUGCGUGA